CCUGACAGCGUCAGCGCAGAAGAUUAAAACUCUGCAAGUUUUUUUUUGCGCAUGAAGUUUUAAGAUAUCGAGCUUGUACUAUUUUCUCUUAUCAGCUGCUAGUGCUCUUUCCGAUGCAGUAUAUUCGGUGACAGUUUCUGGCGCAUUAAACCCACAGAUUAAAACAAUGCAGAAUGGGAAUAGCCGCCUCAGUGAGGCUCAAAAAGAUGUGGAGGAAGUUAAAGGUAUCAUGCUGGAUAACCUAAACAAGGCUGAAGAGCGAUCGGGAAAACUCAAGGACCUGGAGAACAGGGCUGACGACCUACUUGUAAAGGGGAAAGCAUUCUCAAAGACCGCCACAAAGGUGAAACAGAAGAAGCGCUGGGAAAAUAUCAAGUAUAAAGUGGUUAUAGCAGCAGUUGCAACUGCAGUGCUUCUUGGCAUAAUCGUGGCUGUGGCAUUGAGCUUUAACAAUGAUGACAAUGGCAAAGACACAUCCACGACAACAACAACAAAGGCACCAUGAAAUUACUAGAAGCUAGCAGGCAAGAUAAUGAGUCAACACAUUUUUUCAAACUCUCAGAAAAUAAACUCCCUGAAAAUGAUUCAGGUUCUUUCGUGAAAGUAGGCUAAAGUCUCGUAGAUCACUCAUUGUGAUACAGUACAAGCUAAAUCUGUGAUGCUAUUUUGUGGUGGGUGUCAUACAAACGGUACCAUUGUGUCAUAAUUAUUUCAUUUUUCAGUGGCAACAUAUACACAUACUCAUUCUGUGGCAAUAACUGUAACGUUUUACACAGAUUCUUGUUGGACUAAGCAUAAUUUAACUAUACAUUAGAUAAAUUGGUGCCAAAUGUAGAUUAAAGUGUACCGGGAAAACAUGUUUUACUGCUAGUGAUCAUCAAACUUCUUGAUUCUGUUUGUCAGCAGGGAAAAUGUGUGUAAUGGUGUCAGGUUUUGUUAAGUGUGUGGAUUUUCUUUUGUUAGUUACAGAACAAACCCAUGUAUCUGACAAACCCUUUUGAUGUCUUGGACUCUUACAGAUGAGAUUUUUGCAUGCAUUUUUAAUGCAUCUAUUUUUGACUAUGGAGAGAUACAAAAUGUGCACUUUUUGGGGUAAUUCAGGAUUGGAUUGGCAUGUGUAUUCUUUGAUUUUGUUAUUUUUGUGCUAAAAAUUCUAUAUAGAUUAAGAAAAUAAUAAUUCUUAAUAUUUUUAUUUUCAGUGCUAUAACAGCCAUAGACAUCAAGGAGGUUUCUUCCUGUAUUCAGAUUUGAUUAUCCUUGUCCAUUAUCAAUAUAAAAUGUUUAACUUUUACAUGAUUAAAUAUUUGCUGCUUCAAACAGCACUAUAUUAUCUGUAUGUGUACAUAUACAUACGUAUAAAUAAAUGUCCAUUGUAAAUACGU